GCCGAGGGUAGUCCCUCAGAUGCUGGCGGCCAAGCCACUGGAAGGGCAGAAACCUCUUUGGCUGGACAUCUGGACCAUGGACAGGGAUCUGAGUGACGAGGACAGCGUGGCCGACCUCAGCUUUGAGGCCGAGAGCCCUCUGGUGCCCCCAGUCGAACUCCUGGAGAGGCUGCCCAGCUAUGACUGCCUUUGUCAAGGAGGCGGGCAGCAGAUCUUCUUCCCGCCUUUGGAGGCCCCACGGAGACCCCAGGAGCAAACAUGCUGGUCCUCGUUCCUGGAACACAGCAGAGUCCCUCUGGUGACAGAGGAGGUGGCGCGUGAAGCCCUCCUCAGCUUUGUGAGCUCCAAAUGCUGCUAUGGCCGCUCAGCCGCCAGCGACCUGGUCAUCCAGCAGAUGAAGCAACAGAUACUGUGCCGGUAUCGACUGGAGACUUUCAGCGAGUCCAGGAUAAGCGAAUGGACAUUUCAGCCCUUUACUAACCACGCAGUCGAUGGGCCGAGAAGAGGGACCUCCCCCCAGCUCUGGGACAUCAAGGUCCAGGUUCCCCCGAUGUUCCAGGAGGAAACCAGGAAGUUCCAGGUCCCUCACUCGUCACUGGUCAAGGAAUGCCACAAGUGCCACGGGCGGGGACGCUACAAGUGCAGCGGCUGCCAUGGGGCCUGCAUGGUGAGGUGCCCCUCCUGCAGCGGAGCCAAGCGCAGAGCCAAGCAGCCUGGGAGGUGCCAGCUGUGCUCCGGGUCGGGCAGGCACAGGUGCAGCACGUGCUCGGGGAGGGGGAACAAGACCUGUGCCACCUGCAAGGGGGAGAAGAAGCUGCUGCACUUUGUCCAGCUGGUCAUCGUGUGGAAGAACAGCCUGUUUGAGUUUGUGUCCGAGCACCGGCUGAACUGCCCCGGGCAGCUCCUAGCUAAAGCCAAAGGAGAGAACCUCUUCAAGGAUGAGAACACGACGGUGUACCCCCUGGCGGACUUCCCGCUGCGGGAGAUCUCGCUGGCCUCCCAGCGGGGCAUUGCCCAGCACAGCGCCGCCACCCUGGCCUCCAGAGCCCGCGUCCUUCAGCAGCGCCAGACCAUCGAGCUGGUCCCCCUCACGGAAGUGCAUUACUGGUACCGGGGGAAGACGAACGUCUACUACAUCUACGGCACCGACCACAGAGUGUAUGUGGCGGACUACCCCGGGCGGUACUGCUGCAGCUGCACCGUCAUCUGACCCGGCUCGGCUGGCUCUCCCCUCCACCCGCCCCUCACACUCACCAGGGAGGGCCCCCGAGGCUCUGAGCUCACCCAUCAGUGGCUUCAUUGGAUGUCUCUUACCAACGCUGGCGUGUCUGUCCUUCUAGAAAAUUCACCUUACCAUCUGCCAAGCACAAGUCAUUCCGGAACUCCUCUGGGGGACUCCGUCCUGUGUUUAACCUGCAAGAAUGCAACUCCACACAAUCCUUUCGGACAAACAAAGCGAAGGCAAUGCUGACUGCGUGUGGGGUUUGCUUUUGCUCUUCCCUGGGUCAGGCAUUCCCCUUCUAGUGCGAGCCUUUGCCAAGCCGAGUGUCACUGACGUGUUUAAAGAUGCACACGAAUCGGCUGCCCGCAUGCACACCAAGGAGUGCACUUCGGCACAAAGUGCCUUUAUGUCCUAGAACUUGACUUCCCGUCUGUGGGGCAGGAAUUCAGACAUGGCCAUCAUGGGAUGGUUUAUCUCUGCUGCAUGAUGUCGGGGGCCUCACCUGGAAGACUUGAAGGCUGCGAUGGCUCACGGGCAGGGGGCUGAAGUCACCCGAAGGCUGGUCACCAGAGAUCUGGUGGUUGACGUGGCUGUUGGCUGGGACCUUGGCUGGGCUGUCAGCUGGAGCACCUAUACGCAGCCACUCUGUGCAGCCUGGGCUUCCUCACGGCACGGCUGCUGUAAGGCUCAGUGCCCCUCACAGGUGCCCGACGGAAGAAAGUCUGUUCCCAGCGGGGAGAACAAACGUGCUGUGUUGGAUGGACGGAGGGUACACGCUGAUCUCUAACGUGUGCCUCUGCGGGGGCAGAUUUGGGAGAGUGAUUUUUGGAUGCAUGCAGGUUCUUACGUCACGUGCCGCCUUUAGAACCUGUCCACUGAGCAGCACAUAUGCACCCAGUCACGUGCAGGAGCUCCCAGCUGGUGCUGCCAGGCGGGGUGGGUAGAGGGGGUGCCCUGCACACUGAAUGCCCAGGUGGCUUUGGAAGGGUGUGGGGGCUGGGCAGGCCACUGUGCACCUGGCUGUGGGUAACCAGAGGCCCCUGUCAUGUUACCACUCCUGCCCCUGACCUGGAAGGGGAUUGCUGUACCCUGAGAGGGCCAGGCUAUACCCUCACUUGACUCCCAAGCUCCUGUCCCCAGCCCUUGUCCCCCAAUGGGGUGGGAGGACGUGGACCCAGCAGGCCUGGUGGGAGAGGCCAUUCCCAGGGCAUCAUCAUCCAGUGAUAGGCAAAUGAGCGCUGCCUUCUCACCCGCCACUCCCAGGCCUGGCUCCCAGUCUUCUGCUCAGGGUGUCACUGUUUCCUGUACUCUGGGGGGCUGAGGGGCUGGGGGACUGGCUAACAGGAGGAGCAGGGCUCAGGGAGGCAAAGGAAAGUUGAUUUGACCCCAGAGCCCAGCAAACCUUCCAGGAUCAGAUGCUGCCCCCAGCCAGUGCCACAGGCUCUGCAUGGGGGGGAGGUCAAGGGCAGGAUGAGGUGCUCCCUUACAUUGGGGGUACACUCUGAACUGUGGGGACAGAGCCUGGUGGUGGCAGGGGAGACAGGGAGGGUUCCCCCAGGCUUUCCACUUCCUCUUCCCUGGAAACCCGGAAGCUCUGUGUGCUCUGCCUGGAGGUUCUGGCUCCGGCCGAUAGGGAGGCCAGCCCCCCUUCCCUGGUGUCCCCACCCCACCUUCCUGGUCUCAGAGGGGGUGCUUGUGCCCCAAGGGGCCUGUACAAAUGGAGGGGACGGCUGUCAUGAUUACAAGUGACACUGUUGGCGCUUGGUGGCUGGAGUCCAGGAGAGCUGAUGUCCCCCAGGCCUGGGGACUUCCCAAGAUGAAGCGCCUCUCCACAUCUCCACAUCUCCCAGGACUUGCAGAAACCCCACGACAUUCGUGCCGAACUUGGUCAGACAGACUCUCAUCAACCACCCCUGAACACAAGGCGAUGUUUAUGUAGAACCAACCUCUCUGGUUUUCCUGUCUCGUUUGAAAAGCUUCUGAUCCUCUCCCUGCCCUUCAGUCCACACCUGUAGCUGAU